CACUGCUUGAGCACCAUGGCGAUGGGUGCGUGGCUGAUGAUGAUGGUGAUGGUGGUGGUGGUGGUGGUGGCCCCGGCCCGCUCAGCAGCACCCCGGCACAUUGCGGUGCUGCCCGACGCCGGGGGCAGCGGGGAUGGUGAGGAGGUCUCUGCUGCGCCACCCAUCCUCUACGUGACAUUGGGGACCGGCCCGACCGCGGGGGACGUGGUGGGGACCACGGUGACCAACAGCUCGGCGCCGCGUGGCGUGCUGGACAGGCUGGUGGCCUUCUUCAAGGAGUACCUGCUGCUGGUGGUGGUGGUGGGCUCGCUGGCCUUCGUCCUCCUCUUCAUCAUCUGCGCCGCCGUCAUCGUCCGGCAGAAGCACAAGGCGUCCGCGUACUACCCCUCGUCCUUCCCUAAGAAGAAGUACGUGGAUGAGCGGGACAAGGUGGGGGGACCCCGUGCCUUCAAUGAGGUGCCUGAUAAAGACCCCGGUGCUGAGGAGCAGCUCGACUGUGGGCAGCAGCUGCAGGCAGACAUCCUCGCUGCGGCCCAGAGCCUCAAAUCCCCCCCCAAGGCACCGCUGGCCAACGGGGGCCAGGGGGAGAAGAGCCCAGCCCAUAAGGAGGAAGAGGAAGGAGGCAAGAAGGUGAGGGAUGAGCAGCCCCCUCCCCAAACCCCAUGUGCUGAGGAUGGAGCCCCCGAUGCACCCCGGGAUGGUCCCACAGCCCCUGCUGGCAACUAGGGCAGGGACCCGGUCCUGGGUGAU